UGUCUGUUGCAGCCAUUCUCAUUCUCCUUUGUCUCAUUGCCUAAGUAGUUUUACAGACAAGGGCAACAGGCGAAACCACCUAGCCUUGCCUGUUCAGCUUAAUGGAAACAUCCGAACUUGAACAAGAUAUUGCAUACAGGCGCAUUCACGGUAUGGAAGGGAGAAUGCCCGCCUCGCACCGUCGGGCUCCGCGUUGUGCAUGGCUGGGGCGCCUGUGCCAGCGGCUUUGCCACUGCUUCACGGGAGAUACCGACGAGUCGCGGGAAUCAACUCCCAGGUCUCGAGCGUUGGAGAAUCAGAAUUCCCUCUACGAGGCGCCACCGGUGCCGUCGACUUCUGCAGCUGUAGCCCAGCAGCAGCGCUCAGCCCAAAAUUAUAACGACGACGUGGAGGCUGGCCAAACCCUUUUACCCAAGUCUGUCCCGUCUUCCGCCCCGCUACCAAGACCUGGCCACAGCCGCAACAACUCAAGCGCCUCCGCACCCGCCCCAGGGACCACAUCAACCGCUGCCGCUGCUGCUGCUGCUACAACACACGGUGCCGCGGGGCCGGGGGGGACUUCGGAGCCGCUGUCGCGAUUGCACCGCUACGACCUGCAACCAUCAGCGGGUUCCGCGUCCGCAGCGGUAGCUCCCUCGUCAAGAGCCGCAGCGGCGGGGAUGAAUGCGCCGGCGGGGGGCGCCGAGUCCACGUCCGCACGGCCCUCGCACAGGCGCGCCGUGAGCCAUGGAGAGGCAAGACACCGGCAAGCUGAGUUUACUGAGGUGUACCGGGCGAGUGAGAGUACGGUAGUGGCGGCGCCUGGGGCGGCGGUAGCUGUGGGGGUGGCGGCUGCGGUGGUGGCGGGGUCGACAGCGACGCCGGCCAGCACUGCCUCAGGGCGACCAGGCGCGCUCUAUGGCCCCGUGCAAGAUGAGGAGGACGACUUCUGCCCCACCUGCCUGGAACCCUACUCGGAUGACAACCCCAAGAUCUUCACUGGCUGCGGCCACCACUUCCACCUGCCCUGCAUCUACGCCUGGCUGGAGCGCCGCGACACCUGCCCCAUGUGCGGGGCGCGCAUGGAAGCACCGGGGCUGUGAGGGCAGCUGGGCUGUGAGGCAGCGGCAGCGGUGGUGGCCUGCUAGGAGGGCAGCAGGACGGGGUGGCAGCAACAGCUGCAGGAGCGGUAUCAGAAAUGGCAGGGGCAGCAGCAGCAGCGAGGGCGUGAAGAAGCAGCGGCAGCGUGCAUGAAAGGCGGCAGCAGCAGCACCUGGAAGCCGCAUGCAACAUGCAAGGCCCAUGCGGCGCGCGCUUGCGGCAGAGUAGCGGCGUAGCACAGCAGUUGUGGGCGGCUGUGUGCAGCCGGCUUGCUUGCGAUGCGCGGCACAGAGGAAGUGCAGCUCCUCGACCAACCAUUUAACAUUCCUCCAAGCAGCCACGCACAGGACUUCGGGGCUGUGCGCUGCUAUGCAAAGGGAUUACGGAAGAGAUGACACAGCGGGCCCCGUGUUGAGCCGUUACCGCAGCCCAGCUGUAGUAACGAAAGGGGUUUAGGAGGAUGCUGGCUCUGCUGGAAACCGCUGUCCUUGCUGCAUAUGCUGUAGGCGCCCCUUAGCCGUGCAGCCAUUAAUGGGCACCCAAUGACUGCCCAGAGACCCACAGCCGGGUGCCAAGUGUUCGUUGGCUUCAUGGGUGCUCCCCCUGGCCCGUGGCUUCUGCGCGAGCUUUCCUGCUGCGUGCCUGUGGGCGGACACCUCGCUAGCACCAGCUAGAGCCUCGGGGGCUGGGCAGCUGCAUGCAUGCGCGGAGGGUGGUAGCUGCGGUUACGACGGUCGAACAUGCAGGGGAUGCCAUACAUAGAAACUGCCUUUUCUCUGACAUUUCUCCGUGGGCCCUGUCUGCUUGCUGUGUGGUGCAGCGUCUGUUUGCAUCCCAUUUUGGCGGCAGGCCGGGUCCGUACAACGCUUGGCGGCUGCGGUAGAUAGGAUGAUGGCAGAGCAGAGGCCUUACGCGGGAGGGCGGGCUUAAGGGCAGGAGGACAGCACAUAAAGACCGACGGUAGCUGGGGGACCGCACUAGCGUAUCGGCGGUAGACAUAACAGGCGCUGCUGUGUGGUUAGGUAGAGAUAGCUACAGGGCUGGUGUAGGUUGUUAGGUGGCAGGGUCGUUUGCAGGCGAUAUGUACUGGUAGUAGUUGUGAUGCUGGUGCUGCAUUUGAUGUUCUCCUGGAAGCAAGGCUGCUUGGGUGUGCCCGGUAAUGGCAUGACGGCAGCAACAGCAGCAACAGGAGCAAGGGGAGCGGCAGCAGCAGCACUCCCGUAAACCCUUCCUUCCGGGUAACUCAAAGCUUCGUGGCCUUGGUAAUGCUUCCCCUCAUGAUGGGGGCAGGCAAACCGGUAUAUAUAACAGUUAGAAGUUUGAGUUCCUUCUUAACAUGGUGGUUGGGCGUUAGGUGAGGGGAGUGCGGCUGUGCGUGUGUGAGUGAAGGAUGAGGGGAGCGCAGCAGGGGGCGGCGUGAGAGGUAACAGGUGGCGGCAGGAUGGGGUCGUGCAUAGAUUUGGUGUUGGGCCAUUUCUUGACGCCUGAAGGCGUUGCUUGGGUUUGCUUGGCCAGGGUCGGGAGGGCUUUCUGAGGUUGCGCUUUCACGGUAAAUGAAAGGGCGGAUAUGGUUAAGAGCAGUAGGUUUUGUCAGGGUAAUGAAGGGCAGAUGGCAGAGUGCGGUUACAAUCUGGGUCUGUCCAUGGUUGAUGCCCGUGACCCCGUUGUACAGGUGAUGCCAUGAGGGUGCGCAUGACGGGGCUGCGUGGGGGCACAUGGCGAGGGUUUGCAAACGGCGUGUGGGUUUAGGAGGUCCUGGUGAAGUGGUGGGUGCGCUUUUGUUGGCGGGAAUGUUGGCGGAUGAGGUUUUUGUACAUGUUCGUUGGUUGGUUACACUUUCCAGUAUUCUGUUGAGGCGUUCGCAAGACAACGCUAAUCGUUUGUAGCUCAUCAGCAAAGCAGCUGUCAAUAUCGUCUACCGGCAGAGGGGCUAUUCUUUUAGCGUUACAUCGACUCCCAUGCAGUCAUUUUCAUGGCGAUUAGAAACCUCCUUGCAGGACUGUAUUUUUUCCUUUUUACGACUGGCAGUGCUGUUUCUCGUUUGCACGACCCACUUAUAGCAGCGCAUGUAAGCCAGGGACUACCUAUGUGCCCUGCGUGAGGUCGUGUGUUGGGCUUGAACGCAGGAGCAGCGGCAGGGUUGCAUGGUAAAGUUUGGCCCGUGGGUCCGUUUUGACUGUUGUUUUUAAAAUCCGCAUCAUCAUCAGCGUACACGUGGCAUGCGCCGCAUGUGACAUGCCCGAUAUGUUAGCCGCUUACCCUCCGCGUGUCUUACGCUAUGCGAUGCUCUGUAGCCUGUGGGGGCCAAACUCCUAGACAGUGACUUCCUGACCCUGAGCCGACGUGAAGCGCAACCGGCUAGGUUUUAUCGCUUGUAGUGAAUGCGAAAACUGUGCUGUUUAGAAAGCGGGGGGGCUUUGAACUAAUUCAGUUUGCUGGCACAGACGGGGCAUCAGUAUGCGAGUUGUUCCCUCUUUCAAACGGGAGGCGCUCUUGUUU